CGACAGCUCUAACUAACGUUGAAACGUUGAAACGUCGCUUCAAUUGGAGCUUGUGUGUCCUUUCCAUUUCCCCUUCACUAUUUAUUUCCUCCUGCAUAGUUGGAAUAGGACUAAUCCCUCGAGAUAUUUCUAAUUACCACAUUUAACCUCUUCGAAUUUAUCUGAGGGGUCCUGUUGUUACCCUCUAUUCAUCAUGCUUAAUCUCCGCCGACUUUUCGUCGGCGCUCUGCUGCUGGUCGGUCUAAGCGUUAUCUGCUUCUCCCAGUCGGCUGAAGCUGCCAAGGGGCCAAAGAUCACCCACAAGGUCUACUUCGACAUUACGCACGGUGAUGAACCUCUUGGCCGCAUUGUCAUGGGUCUCUAUGGAAAGACUGUCCCUAAGACCGCUGAAAACUUCCGAGCUCUUGCUACUGGAGAGAAGGGUUUUGGCUAUGAGGGUUCUACUUUCCACCGAGUUAUCAGGUCGUUCAUGAUCCAGGGAGGUGACUUCACCAAGGGUGAUGGCACUGGUGGCAAGUCGAUCUACGGCGAGAAGUUCCCUGACGAGAACUUCAAGCUAAAGCACUCCAAGGAGGGCCUCCUAUCUAUGGCAAACGCUGGCAAAGACACCAACGGCUCCCAGUUCUUCAUUACUACCGUCGUCACCUCGUGGCUUGAUGGCAAGCACGUUGUAUUUGGCGAGGUUCUUGAGGGCUUUGAUAUUGUCAAGAAGAUCGAGGGUGUCAAGACCAAGCCCGGCGACAAGCCGGACCAGACCGUCAAGAUUGCUAAGAGCGGAGAGCUUGAGGUGCCCCCAGAAGGUUUAAACGGAAAUUCUGAAUGGGCUGCAGGAUACUCUACCGAAGAGACCACGCCCACUGAGGCGGUUGGGACCGCAGCUCCCUCCGCCGGGUGGACCGUCUUCCAAAAGGCGCUAUUCUUCGGUGUUAUCGUUGCUGCUUUUGCAUUCUACCUACGCCUAUCAAAACGGAGGAGCGAGCAGGACGCCGCUUACGAGAAGACGAUGGUAUAGAUGAUGUUUGGAUUUAUAGUUUCUAAAAAACGAAAUACAUAACGCAUUUGCUAUGAUAUUAUUUCGAUUGCUACAAGAUAUAUAGGUGCCUACUAUGCACUCAAUAUGUGUUGUGGUUGUUCUUGA